AACAGCCGCACGCGCACGCGCCGGCAGUAACUGUGCUGCGUGCUGCCAGUAACCUAAAAACUUGUGUGCAGCGUAAUUACGUCUCCGGGACAAUCUUAUUAAUUCUUAUACCGAGUAAUGCAGAAACGAUCAGAUUCCUAAAGUGUCAUAAUGAAGGGCUUUCUCGUUAUUGACACCUUAAACGACGUUGUUUUCAAGCAUUUGGACAGCGAUCUUUUGAAACACAUGAUAGAAGUUUCUGCACGUAACGGCCUACUCACCGAGGGAGCUUCUGAGCACGUUGCUGGUUCAUCGGAAGUGAUUACCAAUGACAUUCUUGUCCAGCUGUUCUCACCACUGGUGACAUCCCACCGAGUCAUGAAAGAACGAAUGCAUAAUGCAUAUAGCAGCAUAUACUGCAAAGAUCAAACACUGUGUAUAUUCACUGAGUAUUAUGACUGGACUAUCUUGGGCAUCAACUCUGAGAAAGAAGACUCUGAAGCAGUGUGUCGCAAGCGGCUCAAAGUUUUUCUGGCUCUUGUGCAAAGAUUGUAUGGCCCUGCUGUGCAGGAGAUAAAAUUGCAGACAACAAAUGGAAGCAAAAGAUCACAACUGCUGGGCAGUGUGAUGGAUGCCUACUGUGCACUGAAGAAGCAGAACCAAGUCUUCUUGUUCGAGGCACUUGAGCAGGUGGCAGUCAACAAAGACAUUGCAUCAUCAUGCACAAAGUUAUUGCAAGAAAUAAUGGAAAUAUUUCAACGCUGUGCUCAGAAAGGAGAAAUGCCAUGCCACAGCUUCCUGCUUUUCAACUUCAAACUUGUGUCAUCAUUCUCAAGGCGAAACUCUACACAUCUUUCACAUGGUGACGUGCUGCUGCUUUUCCUGAUUUUACAAAGCUUGCACAAUGGAAAUUAUGGUACCGGGGAUCAUAGACAAGAUGAGAAGAUUCACAGCCUGCUGGUCUUCUUUGCUACAGCUCUUCAUUCAUCUAUACCAUACAUCAUUCAUUCUGUAGUGAUUACAAGCAGCAUCCUGCUGGUUGUAAUAAGUGAGGUGAACAGCAAAGUGUUGUUAGCAGAUAGCCUCUUCAGCCUGCUGAAGCAUCUACAUUCAAUUCAGGAGAAUCCAGAAGAUGGUCGUUGUCGUAUGACUGUUGAUGUUUUGGAGAGUGCAAUCACGCGCCUUUCCGACACUUCUCGUAGAGCAGAGCUGCAAAAAGAUGAAGCAACAUGCAUCAGCCUAAUCACAAAAAAAUGGGCACACCUUAAAAUGUCUGGAUUUGUUGAAUACCUCUCGGGCUCGAAUAACACUGAGCUGGCUGCCAGGUCUGAAGAAGCACUUCUACUGCUUAAAAAAAAUGUGCAGACAGCAUUCAGUGAGCUGGUCUUGAACCCUGAACUUGCUCGUGAGGUGGAACCACGACCAAUGUUAGCAGACUCACUGCAGUUGAUUCAGACAACCGUGGAAAAGAAGCUUGAGAGCUACCUGGACUAUCUGCUUGUUAAGGCUCAUGAAGGCCUGCACAUCAGCUCAUUCUCUGCACAGUUUCCUGGCUUGCUUCACUUUGUUUACAUAAACAGAACAGCUAACCAGAUGCUAGCAACAAUCAUUGAUACUGCAGAGCUUCGUGCCCAGGUUUGGAAAGGUUGGGAGUUGGCCCAGCGCUAUAGCCAUGAAGGAUCCUUCACUGCCAUGUGGGUCGACGGGAAGCUGCACUUCUCGUACACUUUGUGGUUCGAGAAUCAUGCUGGCAAACCUGUGAAACCCAAGUGUGCUGUAAACCCUGCCAGCCUACAACAAAUGUCAUACCCAGGAGUGAUCUCCAGCAGCUUUUAUGGACAACUGAUGCGCUAUUGCUUCCCAGAUGUUUCACUGGACCAACUCUCGUGCCUGGAGUUGAUGUGUGCCCAUGAAAAUAGUGUUCCUGCGUCCACUAUAUUGGAGCAGCUGCAACUCUUACCCUCCUCAUUGAGGGACCUCUGCGUCUGAAUAAGCCUUCUUUUCAGCCUUGCCUAUGGUUUCUUUUGGCAUGCUAUGUGCAGGAACACAGCCUUGGAAGCAUUUGUUCACUCACAACGAACUGCAUUUUUAUUUGAACUGUUAAAAAGAAAAUUUUAAGUAGUUCUUAAAUUUUGUUCACUCAGAUUUCACAU